UGAAAAUGUAAAGUCUGGGAAACCAGAGAAUGAUUUACUUUCAAGUUUAUUAAGUGUAUCUAAUGUAAACAAUUAUUGUGAUUGAUAGAGAAGAUGACAGAUGAAAAUUAUUGGAAUCGAGACGAUCAGUCUGCAUCAUUUGAAUCUCAGGAUGUGUAUUUUCCUAAACCCUUGGCUAAACCCAAUUCGAUUAAAAGAGAAUUGUUCAUUGAUUAUGGUAACCCAUCAAAUGUAUAUUUAUACAGCACUUCUGGAAGAGCACCUCUAAGCCAAAAACAAUAUUUUCAACAAAAUGAUCUGUAUGCCAAGAAUCCUACUCUUCCGAUGGCUGACACUGCUCUCAAAGUUGAUUAUCCAUUUGUUGAUAAAGUAAUGGGUGAUAAUCUAUCAGACAUAAAAAAAGCCAGAAGCUUUUGUUAUUAUGUGAACAAAAUACGUGGUGCCUGGUUAUCAAAGAUACCAUAUAAUCAUUUAAAACCAUUAAAAAGAGUUAUUGAAGAUUUAAAGAAUGGAGAUUGUAAUAUACGUGCAACAUUACACAAAAUGGCUACACCAAGUCUUAGAAAGUAUAUAUAUGAUUUUCAGCAUUUACUUACAGCAAACAUAGAGACUUAUAACAGUGAUUAUGUGGGUGGCUGUUUAACAUCUUUCAAAACAGAAUAUGGCAAAAAUGCUGUAUGUUUUCCUUCGGGAAAGAUUUUCAGUAAACUUAGUAUUAGACAUAUAACUCCUGAUGAAACUGAUAGCUCAUUUUAUCAUUAUGACGAAGAAAUAGAGAUUGACAUAGGUAGUAGUAUAUAUGAAGUUGGUUCUACUGUCAUCAGAGAUACAGGUUAUUGUGCUUUACGCUGUGAUGAAAAUAAAUGUCAUCUGUUAACAUUUCAUCAUGCAGAUUUUAGUAACACUUUGAAUACUAUUGAAACUGUUGGUGAAAAACCAACAUCUAUAUGUUUAAGCCCAUAUAUAGCAGGUGAAAGUCUGAUAGCAACAGAUUCUGGUACUGUACAUAUAUGGAGAGUUGGCAAAGGUUUAAAUGCUGUGAUAUUAAACAAAGCUAGCAGAUUUCACUCUAAUGAUAAAUGGAGACAAGUACAUUAUGGAGCAUGUCCACAAGAAUUAGUUGUUGCAGAUAGAACUGUAGUAGAGAUGUUUGAUAGACGGACCAGAUGUGAAUCAAGUAUAGACCUGUUUGCUUUACCUAAUAAGAUUUUAGUGAACUCUGAGAGAAUAUCAGCUAUGCAAGGACAUCCCACAAAUCCAUAUUAUCAUAUAAUAGCUACAGACUAUUCUCUACUUCUAGUAGAUCAAAGAUUUCCUGGACAUAGUGUUAUGUAUUGGAAUCAUGUAUUAUUGAAAACUCCUGCCUUAAUGUCUGUCUAUCAACAAGAAAAUUAUAAUAGUUCAUUAAUAUUAUUAGCUUCACAAUAUCCUGCUGAAACGUGUUGUUAUCAGUUUCAACAAACAUCGAAUGAUCCAGUCUACGCUACACAAACACCAUGGAGGCUCUCAAAAAUAAGUGAUAUAUGCCAGUUUGAUAGUCCCAUGUUAAAUACCUAUUCUCUAUUAUCUGAGAAGAGAUUGGAUACCUCUAUAUGUGGUAUAGCAGUUUUACCAGGACCAGAUAAACAAUCUUUACUUACAUUACAGCUGGACUGUCAUGGAGAGUUAUUUUAUCAAGUUUAUUCUUCAAACUAUAGUAAAGAUGAUUUAACAUGUUCGGCUGGACCAGGUUAUUCUGACGGUAAUUUCUCCAAUGAUGCUAAACUGAAGGCUAAAACAUGGAUGUCAUCAUUAGAAUCACAUGUUUCACAGUUCUGUGAUAAAAGAGAUAUCCUUAAAAUGACUAUUUAUGAUAACUCGGAUAAGUAUCAUGAUCUGAAACAAACCCAACCAGGUCAUGUUCUCUGUCCACAAUGUUUACCUAAAACAUAUGAUAGUGAUGAUGAUGAUUCUGAUGAGGAAACAGAAGAAACCUGCCCAUCAUGCUCUUUACCAUUAACAUCUGCUAGGACUGUAUAUGAAUCGGAGAAGGAGGGUACUAUAGCAGAUAUUACCUGUAAUGGUUUUGAAAUGUUUGAUUCUCAGAUUCCACCAUAUACUAAGUUACCACAUACUAGUGCUCAUAGUAGUAUUUUAAUUAACUUGUGGAAAGAUAAACCAAAUAUUUCCAACCUUGUAAUCGAAGCAGAUAAAAAUGCUGUGAAGUAUAAGCUGGCUCACCAGAAAAAAUUAACAAAAUUAGCAAAGAAAGCUAAAAAGAGAAAAGAACACUUCAAAACGCUGCGUCGUAAUGGACAUGACUUGAAUGAAAUAUAUUUUAAAAACAACAGAAACCCAUCAGCUCUCGAUCAUUUUCUAAAAGAACUGGCUGCUCUGUACACAGGAGAAGACCCAAAUCAAAUUGAUGGUUCUGAGAGUGUAGUCAGCAUGUCAACUACAACUAUGUCAACUUCCGGCUCACCGGGUUCAAAGAAUCGUGCAAAUCUGACACUACUCGCAAGAGAGUCCCAGAACUUGUCUCUGUUACAGCAGAUGAACCCUUCUACUGGUUCUUCAUCCCAUACAGAUGUUAUGUCGGUGAGAUCUCUUGAUUUUUCUCCAGCUGCUAAAAAAAGUAAAAAACGGAUAUUAUCCAAUAGACUACAACAAAUGCAAGGGAGUGACAGUGAAGCCUCGGGUUCAGAGAGCCGAAAUACACCCACAAGUUCUUCAAAAAGAAAGUCACUUCAUAAGACUUUGGUAUCACCAAGCCAAAAGUCCAUAGAAGGAUUUAAGAUACCAUCCACCCCAGCUCCUAAAAGAAGGAGACAUAACACAGAUAAUUCAUCUUCGAGUACCGUGGUUGAGCAGAAUACUCAAGAUGACAAUUUUAGAAUUAUGGAACAAUUAAGUGAAAGUGUGACAACAGAUAAUCAAGUAUCCAACAUUCCCAAAAAAUCCCAUCUGAAUGAUAAUAGUGUUGAUAAUUUUAAGCACUGUACUGUAUCUCUGGAAAUACUUGAGGACACUGAAACCAAUGAAAUAGAAAACUCAAAACCAUUAGAAACAGUAGAUGAUGACCAAAGACAGGUGGAAGAAUCAGGCAUUAAAACCAAAAAGAAGAAGAAAAAGAAACAUAAGGAUCCUGAAAGUUCUGGUGAUAGUGAUAUAUCAGUUAGUAGUAACACAAGCAAUCAAAGUAUGGUCUCUAAUGUUUUUACUGCAAACGAUAGAGCAGUUCGGAAACAAAAAAAGAAAUAUAAACAUAAGAAGCCCAAUGAAAAGGAAACAGAUACAGAACUGUUCUCAUCUGAAGAUGAUGGCAGUGUUUUUAGCUUAUAUUCAGGUGAAAGUGAUCUGUCUGAACACUUGAUACCCCAAAAACGUAAACACAAGAAAAAGCAGAAAAAUAGUAAGGAUAACUUGGAGGAUUCUACAUAUAAUAUGGUUGAUGAAGUCGUUAUGAAUAACAUUUUAGGUGCAAUUGAUACUUUUGAGAAUCAGAACCCUAUCAGUUACUGUUCAAAAGAAAAUGAGACAAAUGCCCAAAACAAUAGAGAUUUUGUAAUUGAUGAUAAAAAUGAUGUAGCUCAUACUGUUGAAGAACAUGAUAAAGCUGUACAGGAGACAGCACCAAGUGAAAUUCCAUCUUCUUCAACAGUUAUUAGUUCUGAAGUAGAGGAUAAUUUGACGUUAAAACUGGAGACUGAUUCUGACCAUGGCAGUACAAACUCAAGAGAUGGUUUUAAACCAAAGCUGAACAUAGACAUUAAGACAGAAAUGGAAGAACUACCCUUCCAUGACAGUAUACCACCUAGUCCUUAUAGUGUUGUUGAUUCCGAAGAUAAAAUAGAUGUCAUGUCUAUUCCUGAUAUCAGUAAACACAGUCAGUCCUUUGCAGCAAGUCCAAUAUACAAUCCUAUCUCAGAUAAAAGAAAGAAGGGUGAUUCUCAGUCAGCCAGCCGAUAUUUAGAUUUCGAUCAAACAUUGAAAGACAAAAGUACCACAGAUGAUGUCAAUGAUACAGAUGUUCAUCCAACUGCCUAUGCCGGCCUAGAGUUGAUUCAUUCAGAAACCGAGUCAUUUUCUGAGACUCUACUUCACGGAGAUACAGUGAAAGUAGAGUUAGAGGAUACAUUAGAUAUUAAGAAAGACAAUCAGACUAUGAGCACAGUUAAAUCCCAAGAUGAAAGAUCGUCUGGACAAUUUUCUACUUCAGCUGUUGAUGAUGCUUAUAAGCAUAUUAAUGUUACUAGAUCUACCCCAGCAGAUAAUAUAUCUCAAACUUCAAUAGUUGACAGAAGUGUUUCUCCAUCCAGAAGUAACAUAAAAUCAUCUCCACACAAACUUGAUAAAAAUGGAUCUCCAUCUAACAGAGAUAGAAACGUUUCUUCAUCUAAAAAUCGUAGAAGUGUUUCUUCACCUGAAAGUAAUAGAAAUGAUUCUCCAUCUAAAAGGGAGAAAAGUAUUUCUCCAUCUAAAAGGGAGAAAAGUAUUUCUCCAUCUGAAAGCUAUAGAAGAGUUUCGCCAUCUAAUAGGGAGGGAAGUGUUUCUCCAUCUAAAAGCUAUAGAAAUGUAUCUCCGUCUAAAAGGGAUAAAAGUCGUUCUCUAUCUAAAAGUGAUACAAGUAUUUCUCUAUCUAAAAGUGAUGUAAGUCUUUCACAUUCUAAAAAGGCGACAAGGACCGUAAUUUUACCUUCAAAACAGAGUAGAACUAAAAGUGAUAAGGCUUCUGUUUCUAAUAAAAAUAAAAAUAUCUCACCCUCUGAAAGUGAUGAAAUUAAAAAUAACCCACCAUCAAAAAGUGAUAAGGCUUCUUUUUCUAAAAUUGAUAAAAAUAGAAAUGUCUCACCCUUUGAAUGGAAUGAGACUUUAGAACCAUCUCGAUAUUUGAGUGACAGUGUGUCAAAUUUAAUUGAUGAUAAUUUAACCUUUUCCCCAAGUAUGACAUCAACUCAGUUAACUCACAAACCAGUUAUAAAAGAUAAACCUUCGGCAAGGAAGAAAAAAAAGACAUUUGUUAUUGGAUUUUAAAGUGAAAGUUACAUAAUGGAUAUCAUUUGAUUCAUUUAAUACAUACAUGUAAUAAAAUUGGUACAAAGGUAAAACAGCUGUUAUAAAAAUAAUAUUAAGAAUUAAAACUGAUUGUUUGAAUAAGUAAAAUAUUAAAGAUGCAUUAUUCAAGAGAUAAAUCUGCCUAUUGCAGAUCUUUUUUCUGUCUUCAAAUAUAAAUUAUUAUUUAGAUUAUUAUUUACAUGAAAAGCCCAUAGUCAACUCUAAGCCUUCAGAUGUCUUAGAUAAUAAAUGGAUUAGAACAUCAGCACCAUUUAAUAAUUUAAACAUGCAUUAUGCAAGAGCAAAAUCUGGUUAUUACAAGUCUUUCUUUAGGCCUGAAAUGUUAUCUAAAUUAUCAAUUAGACAUUAAUUAACUUAUCCAGACCAUAAUAAACUCUUGAUGUCAAGGCUAGCCUUCGAUGUUGGCUGGAUUAGAUUCCUAUAUGCCGCUAACGGCUAUUGAUAAUUAAAUCAAGAAAUGUGGAUAAUCGGAGACUAUGCUGUUUAUAUUAAUGAUUUUAGUAAUGAUGACCGAGACUAUGCAAAAAUUUCACCCGCUUCUUUCUCGGCUCAUAGUGGAUCAAUUUGACUGAAAUUUUUAGCAAAUUACCUUUACACUAUCUAGUUUUUAACUAUUAUAGCGAGAACUGCCAUCUCUUUAUCUUAUCUCCCAUAAUGUAUCUUUAACUUUAACAUAGAUAAUCCAGAUUUUAUAUUAUACCAGCAGUGGUACUUGCAAAUCAAGAAUAUUUGUUCUAAAUCUUGUCAAAACUUCAAACAUUCAUAACUUCGUUUAGAAUAGUAAUUUGAAUAAAAUUGUCAAUAUAUUGAUUUUGUAUAAUCUAUUUUUAAACAAUUAUAGCAAGCCAUCUACAAUAUUAUGAAGGUAAAUCGUUCAAAUGAAAAACAAAUAUCAUUCCAAAAAUUCUGUGAAAGGGGCAUUGUGGACGAUUAGAUAAAUAGCUAGCGGUUCUCACUAUAAUAGUUAAAAACUAGAUAAUGUAAAGGCAAUAUGUUAAAAAUCUAAACCAAGAUAUUAGCAAUUGAAUUUUAGGCCUAGCCUCGGUCAUCAUUACUAAAGUCGUUAGGAUAAAAAACGUCUCGAUUAUCCAUUUUUGGAUUUAAUCAUCAAUGAGCAUUGAGCAGCAGAUCAGAUUCAAAUGUCUAAUUAAUAGUUUAUAUAACAUUUCAAGCCUAGAGAAAGAACUGCAAUAGGCAGAUUUAGCUCUUGCAUAAUGUAUUUUUAAGUAUUUACAAAGAUAUGAUCAAUUAAAAAUUGGUCAUAAUUGGGCAUUCACUGGAGACGAUUGAAACAGGAUAUGGUCAAAAGCAGCCAACACCAUCUAUAAUUUUCACUGAAAUCUUUUUGAUGGGACUUUUUUUUAUAAUCUAGUGGAAUCGGGAGUACAUUUUGGUGUGGAUUAAACAUGCACUAUGCGAGAGCUAAAUCUGCCUGUUGCAGGUCUUUCUUUAGGCCUUAAAUAUUAUAUAAACUAUUAAUUAGACAUUUUUUAACAUGACAAGACCAUAAUCAAGCCUCGAGACUCGAUGACAUCGGAUAGGUUUGAUUUUAAGUAGUUUCGAACAACCAGUACUGUCAUUACAAUAGGUGCAGUGCUAAAAUAUUCGCUCCAAAUAAAAUAAUUUGAAUGCAAUUUUCACUACAUUUAUUUUGCAUUAUCUAUUUUUGAACUAUUACAGCAAAAAUGUCCAUCAGGUAAUCUAAAUCUUACAUAAUGUAUCUUUAAGUCAUGAAAAAAAUUAAAUAUUGACUGGUAAUGCAAAUGAGGAUGAGCCCCCAGAAAAUGUGUCUUCAAAAUUAUGAUUUUAUAAAAUCAACUUAAAAUACAGAUUUAUAUAAAACGAAAUUUUCAACAAUAAAAAACGAAACGAAAUAAGAUAUGUGUUUUAGUCAGAUCGGAUAUACUACAGCUAGUAUUUCUAUUUUUUUAUGCUCUAUAUUUUGUCUUCUUUAACCAAAUGCAAACAAUCAGUUUUAAUUUUCUGGUGUUAUUUAUAAUUAUAAUGAUUAAAUAUAUUGUUAUUGU